AUGCAGGACGAGGGUGCGGUGCAGAGGGCGUCUUCUUAUAGCCAGCCGGGGGAGGGCGAUUGCGGCCAGAGGGGCGGGCUGGAGGUGGAGGUGGAGGAGGUGGUGGUGAUGGCACAGACGCGGUGCGUGGCGGAGGAGAGGAGAGGAGGAGGUGGUGGUGGUGGUGGACGCAGAGGAGCGAGAGGGUUGCGCGGGCUGUGUGUGGAGCGUAGAGACGUCUUUUUGCUGGAGAUGCGACUGCUGGGCCCUGGGCGAGGAAUGGGAUCGGCAGCUAAGUUUGGCGUCCGCUUCCAGCUGGGGUACGCUAAGAGUCGUCAAGGUUGCACCGAGAAGGGCUGCCGAGACGAGACGUGCUGCUGCUGCUGCUGCCACGGCGGCCAGGCGAGUGAUGAUGACGACGAUGCUGGUGAUGAUGAUGAUGAUGCGGGCGGCGGUGCUACGUGGAAAGACGACGCUGCUGCUGCUGCUGCUGCUGUCGAGGCCGGCCGUAACAGCUUUAGAGGCCGUGGGCAGCCAAUGCCUUGGUCGUCUUUGUCACAGGCGGGCGUGCAAUGCGCUCGUGUGCGCCAAGGCCGAGUCAGGGACGAUGCGGCAGCGCAAUCCGGCCGAUCUUUUUGUGUUGCGGGCUGUCGGUAUGCCAGCCUGAGACACUCCCCUCGCAUGGACAGGAGGUGUCGAGCAUUAUGUACAGGGCGACGUGUUUCACCACCACCCCGCCGCCCGCACGUCCGCCCUCUGCCCUCUGCCCUCGCCUUCGCCCCUCGUCCUCGGGGCCUGUCAAAUGCCUCUGCGCGGCCUGAGGCGCGCGACGUGUUUGCCGUCUCCUCCACCGUUGCCCUCGUCGCCACGACCAGCCUACAGCCUACAGCCUACAGCCUACAGUACACACGCACGCACACACACACACACACACAUGCUGCGAGCCCGCAUGCAGCCCGCCCCAGCCCAACGUCGCACUCGCCAUACCGUCGACGACUUGGGAAAAGUCUUUCUACCCUCGUGACUUGGGUCAUCCAUGGAUUGCUCUCUCUCCGCUGA